UCCUCCGCUCUGCUCCAGUCCUCCUCCACCCAUCAACCGAUAGAGAAGACGCGACUCAGCAAACGCUCGUCCGUCAUCUAAACAUAUGGCAGCAACCGCCCUCUUUCUUUCUUAUAUCGUUGUGCCCACUACUCUUUAAAAAUUCCGCCGAAAAAGAGAAGACGAUUUUCCAAAACAUUCUGGCCGUUAUCUCACGGCUCCCCUGUCUCUGUACAGGUGUAUGACCGCUACCCAGGGGGCCUAGGGGCCGCUCUUUACCGGGAGCACUUUGACUUCAACGCUGAGCCACCUUGGGAUCCUAGCUGAUAGCGGGACAGGUCCAUCUCCUGACUUGUCCAUUUUGUUGCAUACCGGCAGGACCCCAUUGGCUCAGUCGUGACCCCUUGACUUGCUUAUCUGUUCUUUAUGAUUGUCGGCUUAGCGGAAUACGGUUGAGAUGAAAGGACUCGCUGACAAACCCAGCUACAUCAUUGAGCUCCUGGAGGGAGGAGUGACCCUUGAAGAUGUCAUUGAUGGACACAUCUGCGAGCGGGCUCUGGUGGAGAAGAGUGCGUUUGUGGUGGGUGACCUCGGUGCCCUGAUGCGGCAGCAUGUGUGCUGGCAGAGCGCAGUGCCACAGCUACAGCCAUACUACCCAGUCAGGUGCAACAGCAGCCCUGCAGUCAUCGAGGUGCUGGCCUCCUUGGGCCUGGGCUUUGUUUGUGCCAACAAGACUGAAGUGAGCCUGGUGCUGGAGCACGGCGUGCCACCAGAAAGCAUCAUUUUAUCAGGCGUUUGCAAGCAGCUGGCUCACAUCAAGCACGCUGCCAAAAACAACAUCCAGCAUCUUGUGUGCGAAAAUGAAGCAGAGUUGUCCAAGAUUUCCCGCCUGCACCCAAGUGCAAAGUUGCUGCUGCAGUUGACCACCGAGGCACAUGCAGCUGAGACCAGCAUGGCCUUUGGCUUCUCUCUGAAGAGCUGCCGACACCUGCUGGAAGCAGCCAAGGACCUUGGAGUCCAGGUGGUUGGAGUGACCUUCCACAUCCCCAGCUCCUGCCCAGACUUGCAGCAGGCCUACACCCAUGCUCUGUCAGAUGCUCGCUGUGUGUUUGACAUGGGGGUGGAUCUGGGCUUUAACAUGAACAUCCUGGACAUUGGUGGAGGAUUUACUGGCUCAGAGUUUCAGCUCAAACUGGUUGAGUGUGCAGUCAGGCCGCUGCUGGAUGCUUACUUCCCCCCACUGUCCGGAGUGCAAGUGUUGGCCCAGCCAGGCAGCUUCUACGUGGCCUCUGCUUUCAGCCUGGCUGUCAACGUGAUCGGCAAAAAGGUGGUGACCCGCUACUGGGACAGCCUCGCUCAAGGUGUGAACAAUGAAGAUACCGAGUUCCUGUACUACAUGAAUGAGGGUGUUUAUGGCCCAUUCAGUCGCAAGCUGCUGGGAAAGUCCAUCGCUGCCCCGUCAGUGCACAAGCAUGUGCUGUGUGCUGAGGCGGGAGUGUAUCCCAGCAGCCUGUGGGGGCCGUCACUGGACCAGCUGGACCAGGUGGUGGAGCGCUGCCUGCUGCCUCAGCUCAGUGUGGGAGACUGGCUUUGCUUCUCCAACAUGGGAGUGUGUGGCCUGGAGGAGUUCAGCGGCCUCUCCAGCUUCCCCCAGCUGCCCGUCUACUACACUGUCUCCACCGGUGAUUGGUACGAAAUGCAAGAGGCCGGUGUGACACUGGACAGUGACAUGAAGAAUUUCUCCAUGGUCCAGUACAGUGUGUAACUACCCUCUGCCCCUGUCCCGUAAUAUAUUGCACAGAUCCUCCUUAGCCUCUGCUUUCACCAUGUGAGAGGAGGGGUCAGCGAGGUGUUUGGGACAAGGGGCUAAAUGUGGUCAACAUUCCAGCCACCUUGGAAAAUGCAGUGUCCAAUUAUUUCUUCCAGGAAUUUGACUUUUUUUUUUACCUCUCGAAAUGGGAAACAAUUGGUUGUUUGAUACCUCAAUUUUCUAAAAUUUGAUCUGGAAGAUAAUCUUCUUAUUCUCGCUCCUCCCUCCUGAUGGACUCUAAAAAUCUAUCAGCUAAAAGAACUCAAGCUCAAAUGACAUUAUGCAACAAAAUGGACGACUCUUUGGAGAUGGGACCCCCCCAACGUGUUUGGGAGGGGGUUUGUUUCCUAAAUCAAAUCCAGUUUACAAAAUGUACACUUUAUUAAAAUCAUGUUCUCUAUUGAUUUACCUGUUGACAGUCAUGUAAAUCCUGUGUCUGUCCAACACAAUACAUUUUGUCUGUAGAUGAUUUUUUUAAGUUCUUAAAAGAAUCGAUGCCUCGUGUGGAUUCUGUGCGUCAGUCCCCUCACUUUGCAUAGUUUUAAAUGAAAUUAUGACAAUGAUGUAACCAAUUUCUUUAUUGCAGCUCACCUCAAUGCAUUUUUAUUUAUUGGAUUCAGAUAAUACUGGGGCAAAUUUAAAGCUCCAUCUUUAAGUGUGUUUUGCCGAGGUAUUAUGCUGUGGCCCAUCUAACAGUGUUUUCCUGAUAAGAUAUUGAUGUGUUUUUUAACGCUACAUGGAUUGUGCUGUGAUUGCCAUUUGUGACCUCAGUGGUUUCCCUUGACUCAAAAGGCAUGAAGGAAUUGCUGUGGGAGAAGCUGCCGACACCCUAAUGCACUCCUUGCCUCUAAAAGAGAGGGGUUAAUCCGCUUUGAAAUGCACAAAAUCUUUUGUAGGUUAAAUAAUUACUGUGACAUUUCACAACGCAGUCCUGAUUUUUCAGAUCUUCGUAUUGGUGUCUCUAUCCAAGGGAUUGUUCCUUGUCUCCUAGGAUCUGAAAAACCAGCAAAAGAGAUAUUUCUGAAGAGUACUCUAACAUUAAUUAUUUCUAUGUGGCAGAUGUAGACUUAACUCGUCUAGCUGUACACAGGCUUCUCUGAGGCAGUGCAAAUAACUUGCCAGACUUAUCCUCGUGCCUCUCUAAAGUUCUGAGGGACACAAUGCACAGUCACCUGUACAGCUAAACGUCUAAUAUUAAAGGUGACUUAACUGCAGUCUUUAAAGAAUACUGCCCUUGUGUGUUACAGAUGACUAAUGUAUUAAUUAAUUGCUUGUCUAAGGCACUAAUGGACCAUAGCCUGUUUUUGACUGUAAAUUGUGCUUGUUAAAGUAAUGAAAGUGAUUAAUUUAAUACAUUUCUGACUGAAAUCAUUUUUCCUGCGUAUGUGUGAUCUUUUGAUGUGGAGGGUGGAACGGUUUAUUAAAAAAAUUAAUUAAAA